AUGAACGCGUGUUUACGCACGAAUAUACGUGCAAUGGCGUCUUCAACAUACGAAUCCUGGUCUAAACACGACCUUAUCGCGAAGCUCAUCCAACUCGAAGCUGCUGCCCAGCCUGUAGCGUCAACUUCCACCUCCACUGCCAACUCCCGCAGACCCUGGCGCGAGUUUGACUUUUCUGCUUAUCCGCGACGCAAGAUCGCGCUAAAGUUCUGCUACUCUGGGUGGGAGUACAAUGGCCUGGCAAUCCAGGCAGAUGUCACACCGCUCCCCACAGUCGAGGGCGUACUCUUUGACGCCUUGUCCAAGGCACGAUUGAUCGAUGGAGAGGCGGGUAUGGAAGGCUGCGAGUGGGAGCGUUGUGGCCGGACAGAUCGCGGAGUCAGCGCUGCUGGCCAGGUCGUUUCGUUAUGGGUUCGAAGUGCACUAAACACCAACAACACGGAAAAGCCAAAACCAGUAGUCUCGGAAGAGGAGCUAGAUCUGGAUACCGACGACACAACAUUCCCCACUCUUUCUGCCUCUGAUUUCGGCACACUAGACGGUCCCGUCUCUCCAGCCACCCACAACCGCCCACGGAAACGCAACAAAGAGCCUGACCCCAACCGGCAGGAGCACAACUUCCCCGCAAUCCUCAACCGCCUUCUCCCGCCCACCAUCCGUGUCCUCGCCUGGUCCCCCGUCGCCCCCUCUUUCUCCAGCCGCUUCGCCUGCACCUCCCGCCACUACAAGUACUUUUUCUCGCCUUCUUUGGACGGGCUUGAUGUGUCCAAAAUGCAGGCGGCGGCAAAUUACCUGAUUGGCUCCCACGAUUUCCGCAAUUUCUGCAAAAUCGACCCCGCGAAACAGCUCACAGAGUACCGCAGACACAUAACGCGCGCCGAUAUUUCCGGGACCGACAGCAAUGGGAUGCACGUAUUCGAUCUUAUAGGGAGCGCGUUCCUGUACCACCAGGUCCGCCACAUCAUGGCUAUCCUCUUCCUCGUUGGCGCCGGCCUCGAAAAGCCCAGUAUUGUGCCAACGUUGCUCAACGUCACGUCCAACGCCGAGAAGGUCAUUGGAGAGGCUGAGUUACCGGUGCUCGAUACGAAACCAGAGUACCAGAUGGCCGACGGGCUGCCGCUCAUGCUCUACGCCUGCCAUUACCCAGAGGGCCUCCUCGAUUGGCAGACUGAUACAGUCAAACCUGCAGCCCAGAAAUACGAUUCGUCAGCAGAUGCAGACGCGUUUGCCCAGCUUCAAUACGCUCUCGCGCGAUCAGAAAUGUAUUCGACGCUGAACAACGCGUUUUCUGAUGCUGCCCAAGAGCAUCAUUAUCCAGAGACAAGCAACUCAACGACAACAACAUAUACCAUUCCCUUAGGUGGCGCGACUUUCCGACGCUCAUCAAAAUAUGUCCCUCUCCUGCUCCGCAAUCGCAACAAGCACUUUGAAGUCGUCAACGAGCGCUGGCGCGUGGGGAAAGGCGCCCGCAAAAAGGCUGUCCAGGAUAAAAUAAAUGGCUCGGAGAGGUGGAGUUUACCCGUGUAG